AUGAACAAUCCAUUUCAAAAUCCAAUAGGCAAUCCAAACGAUCCAAAUAAUCAAUUGCUCUUAAUGUCUCUUGCUUAAGUAGAUUCACAAAAUAUGUUCUUCUUUUUAAUGCAAAACCCUGAUUUUGUUGAAAAAUAGGAUGAAGUAUUUGAUCGAUUAUAUUAAUUCAGAGUUUAUUCAAAAAGACAGCAAUAGGAUUUGUUAGAAAUACAUUGGGUAUAUUUGUUUUGGGAACAGUGCUUAAUUUGUAAAUGAAAAGAAUCCCUAAAGUAAGAUCUAAUAAUAUUUCCAAAGUUUUUGAAUUGGCCCAUUUAUGUUAAAAUACCUUUAAGAAUCCCUGUCUUUUUUAGCCCAUUUUUCUUAUUUUAAUAAUCGCUAACAAAUUAACUUGAUAACUUAACACAAAUGCAUCACAAAUAUUAUACAAGAAUAUUAAGAGUCAAGAAAACUGGCGAUUUACGAUACUUUGAUCCUUAAGGUAUAUUACAAAAAUAAUUUGAAUAAAAAAUGAAAGAAUUAAUGAAAUGA